UGGUCCGGCGUGUAGUCAUUGUUUUCAACGAGUGUUAUUCUUUUUAAUUAUAUAAUUUAUAAUAGAAUAAAUUUGCAUUUGCCGUUCCAUUUCAGUGGCUGCCUUGCUGUCUGGCCGUGGAAUUUCCACCAUGGCCCUCUUGGCUCUUAGCCGCUCUGAUUGUCUUCUCCGCCGCUGCCGCCAUGACCGGAUUACGACCACCACCGUCGUUUCUUCGUCCGGUGUACAGAGGCAACCUCGGAUUCUAAUUCUACCUUUCCGAACUUUCCGCUGUACACCACCAGCAUUUCGGAUUCCAUCUUUGUCCUCUAGCCGUGUUUUGCCUCCACGCGCUGUUUCCGGUGAUAUUCUGCAUGAUGCCGGAGCUACGGCGGCUGUUCUCGCCGGCGCCUACUCGCUUGUUCUCGGAUUCGACCAACUCACCCAGCGGAAUCUGAUUCAACAGAAAUUGAGCAGAAAACUUGUCCACAUAUUGUCCGGAUUGCUUUUCAUGAUGUCUUGGCCUAUGUUCAGCACGUCAAUGGAAGCUCGAUACUUCGCUUCAAUAGUUCCGACUGUGAAUUGCUUGAGGCUCGUUAUCAAUGGCCUCUCAUUAGCCAAAGAUGAAGGACUUUUAAAAUCGCUUACUCGGGAAGGAAAACCGGCGGAAUUGCUGAGAGGCCCUCUAUAUUAUGUUCUUAUACUGAUUUUUUCAGCUGUUGUCUUCUGGCGUGAAUCUCCAGCUGGUAUUAUCUCAUUGGGAAUGAUGUGUGGAGGAGAUGGUAUUGCUGAUAUUAUGGGAAGAAGGUUUGGAUCCAAAAGGCUUCCUUAUAAUCAGAAGAAGAGUUGGGUUGGUAGCAUAUCAAUGUUCUUCUUUGGAUUUGGUGUCUCCAUUGGAAUGCUGUACUAUUUCUCAGCUCUUGGAUAUCUGGAGUUGGAUUGGGGAAAAACAGUGCAAAAAGUUGGUUUAGUUUCUGUGGUGGCAACAGUGGUGGAGUCUCUCCCAAUUGCAAAUGUAGUAGACGAUAACAUAUCAGUACCACUGGUCAGCAUGGUAGUAGCCUUUCUCACUUUCAAUACUUAAAAUCUUAUUAUGAAUUUUAAUUAUUCAGGAAAAUAAAACCAUAAUUAUUUACCCUUAAUUCCAAUGAUUAUCAUAUUUUCAUA